AUGAAUGAAAUUAAUUUUUUUGAUCCGUUGGAAGGUAAUGAUACAUUACCAUUAUAUUGUGUCUGUUGUCUUGAUUAUGGUUUUCUACCUACUAUAUUAUUACAUAGUCUUCCUGUGAAGGUGCAACGUCUGAUUGUAAAUCGUUUAGCUCACACAAACCUACCACAAUUCAUUCUAGCAACUCAUAAAGGAGGUCAUUGGUCGUUGGUCCAAUUACAUUAUAUCAGUCAUAAUAUUAAUAAUAAUAAUAAUAAUAAUAAUAAUAAUAAUAAUAAUAAUAAUAAUAAUAAUUCACAAACAAUUCCGUCAAAUUCUACUCCAUCUCUGAAUGAAUCUCAUAUGGCUAAUUGUUUGGAUAGUUUGAACCAGCUAAAGGAUGUUGAUUCAGAAUCACCUGUGUGCACAAAUUGUGUAUCAUCAAUUGAAUUCAACCUAGAUCCAUAUACUACUGCGUAUUUUUCCGAUUCUUAUGUGAAAUUCAUGUUGACAACCAAAACACCAGACAAAAAUUGGCACUGUCCAUUUUGUAAAGCCAGCUACAGUCUUAUUAGCAGUGAUCGAGUGAAUAUUUUAGAACGACAUUUACGCUUACAUGCGGAAAUUCGUUGUUGUGUAGAUUGUGUAACCAUAUUACCGAAUAACACAUCUUCACUUAAUUGUGAAUCAGCAUGUAUACAUGAUUGUGAUGAAUUAGUUAGUUCUCAAAUCAAAGACGAUUAUCAACAAUAUCAAUAUGCUAACAGCAAUUCCACGGACUUGCCUCACAAGACAGUGAAUUUACCUGCACCUGAUGAUUGUAAUGAUCAACCAGAAAAUAAUGAUGUAUUUCCAACAUUUCACCAUGAUAAUAGUCAAAUUCAACUUCGAAAAUGUGAUGUACCUCUGAACUCGAUUGCUAAAACUUCGUGUACAUAUUUUAGUGCCGGGAAUUGGCGACGAAUUUGUACAAAGUGUAAAGUCGGCUUCAAAACACCGGCACACUAUCAACAACAUUUAAAAAAUGUUCAUCGAGGUAAAAAGUUUCUUUGUCAAGAUUGUGGUGUUUUGUUCAGUACGAAAGGGAAUCUAACGACACAUUUUAACCAAAUUCAUAAUCAAAAUACCAGUUUACCGUGCCCUAUCUGUGAGAAAUAUCUUAGUAAUAGGUUUAAUUUAGAUCGGCAUAUACGUUCAGUUCAUUCAGAUUAUGAGAUGUCCUCAAAUUCAUCUUUAAAAGUAAAUAGUAUUCCAGUCUCUAAUACUAAUGAAGGUGCACAUUUAACUAACUCUAUUACUGUUGAAAAUCCGAAUGAACCUCCGCGUGGAUAUUAUCUUUAUUUAUCGGAUUCUGAUUGUCAACAAUCAAUCAGCACAAAUUCACCAACAUCAUAUAUAAAUUCAAGUGGAAAUACACAAUCUGUAUUGCAAUUAAUUUCUCCGACAGUCGAUUCAAAAUCUGUCUCAUUAGUAGCAGAUAUUAGCCUAACACCAUGUGGUCCAUCAAAUCCAGAUGCCCAACUUGGCGUUGGCGGUAAAUUGUGGAAGCAAAAUAUAAAUAUUGUACAGUCUCCAAAAUCUACUAUUUCUAAAAGUUUCCAUCUAUGUUAGAUAACAUUAUUUGAUGGUUGCCGUUUUUGCCUUUUCGUUGUUGUUAGACUUUUAAAUCUACACUUUCUUUUUGUUCUAAAAAGGAAAUAUUAAAGUACUCUACGACACUUAUUUAUACGUAAAUCAAACCCGUCUAAUUAUCACUGUACAAAGUAAGGAAACGUAACUAGCUUUUACUUGAAACAUUGACAGUUAAUAAGUAUUUCUACAAUGUAAAAUCCACUUGUAUUAUGUAACUGAAGAUUUUCAUUAUAAAAAAAUUACAGUUGAUUGAUUGGGAAUUGGAUUUAUUUGUAAUCCGUAGUAAAAUAAUCAGGUUACUUACAGGGAUAUUCGUUUCUAUCAUAUCAGUUUCCAUUUUACUAAUUAUUAUUUAAGCAUUAGGUAUAAGCACUCAAUAUUUAAGUUGAAACCUGAUUGGCAUUCAUAGCUACUAAAUGUUAAACGUAAGCAUUUUUAAGCUAAAAUUAUCUAAUUCUUUACAACACCAAAACAGCUUUCUCACUGAAUAACAUAACUCCUAAAAGCCCUAAAUAAAUAUAUAUUCAUGUGAAUUCAAAACAUACAUACUAUUGGAAUAUGAGCUUCAUUAUGUAGCUGACAGUGUUCCGUAUUUUCUUGUUAUACCGAAAAGCCGAAUAUCGUAUGAUAGCUGUCAUUAAAUUCUAUGAACUCAUUAGAAUCAUGCUAAAUGUCAUUAGUUUCUUGUAUUUUCAAUCGGAAAGCAGCUAUUUUUGUUGUCUACAAAAUCUAGUCAUUUUAGUUAGGAAUAGUGCGUGACGGCUGUGCAGUACUGGAAAUCAAAAAAAAUCUUUUGGUUAUCAAGUAUUUGUCAUUUAAAAGUCGUUCGAAUCAACUGACCUGGAAUAUAAACCCUAGUUAUUGUCAUAAAUUAAGAUUUUAUGAGCGAAUCCUCGUUGAAAGAAAAGUGAUGAUCAGUAGAUAAUAUGCAAUAAUGCAGUGCGGCUGUGUGAUGACUGAUUACGAGGAUAAAUCUCAGAAGUUAAGAAAACUAUCUUUUGAAGUUGGUUUUCCUGAUAAAAUAACAUGUUUAUACAUUUGGUAACAGAAAAAUAAUUGUCAUAAGCAACUGGAGACCACCACCUUGGUAUGUCGUUUCUAAUAAUAGAUUAAGACCAUCGUCGUCAUGUUACCAUCCCUAUGAAAUGACAGGUGAUUUAUUGAGAUUUACUUCGAGGCUAUUUCAUUUUACGAGGUUGACAGUUGAUGAUAAUACUGAAAAUGUAUAUUACCUGUUAAUGUUAAUAUUACAGAAACUGUCAGACUACAAUAAAGGAUGUUAUUAAGUCGUGUAUCAGUUCAAUUUCUUACUCAAUCCAAAGAAAAAGUAUCCGCGAAUUGUGAAAAAUAUGAAAUUGAACAAAAAUCAACCAAGUGGAAAGGUGCAAACAAGAAAUUUGAACAUUCAACUUAUUGAGACAGCGUUAUAACUAGGUGUUGGUUUUAAAACAAAAAUACUCACAUAACGAGGGAUUUUCUAUGAGUUCUGACUCAUAAUAUCUGUGAAUUACAGUAGUUACUCUCAUUUUUUAUAAAAUACCCACAACCUAUCGCUAUAUGAAAUAUUCUGGUACUCAGAUGAAGACAUCACAUUAUUUAAUAGAUUCACUUUCAUUCUAUCUUUGGAGGAACGAGGUAUAUUUUACAUCAAGUGAAGUACAAAUGCAUCAUAAUGCUCUUCAUGAAGUAAUAUCAUAUAUACAAUGAAACUGCAAGAAUAUUAAGAGCUGAAUAAACCUUUGAUGCUGAAAAUAUUUAUUUUACACUGUACAGAUCAUAAUCCAAAUAAUAUAGAUGUACUAAUACACAAUACAUGUUCGUGGUAUUAUUUAUUGUGUGCAAACAUGAUGAUAUGGCUUUUGAAGAUGAGUUCUGCAAAAAGAAUUAUUUGUAAAUCCAUUUUUAAACAUUGUUUUUGGAAUCUACUUUAGAUUGGAAAUAAAAGGAGUCCGUUGUAAUGGAUUAAGAUUGGUGUCGGGAACUCCUCAUCGCAUCUAAAUGUAUGUUACCGAAUAAAGUGAUAAACCUUACCUCAAUUUUAAUGUGUAAUGUAUAACAAUAAAAUGGUGUAAGGCCAUUGCCGUGUUUGAGCGAAAAUAUUUCCGUGUAAACUUUCUAUAUAACGACAAUUGCCCAUUUUCACUUACAUGUUAGGUUAGCAUCUCUGAUGCUUUUAUUUAUAUAUUCACUAUAUUUUUGGUUUGCAUCACGUUAGAAGGACCAGAGUCAGACAAAAAUGCUCACUCUUCCCCUUUAUCCUUCUGGUGGUUGAAGACCUCCACAACUUAGGGGAAGCAGAUGAACUACCCGUUCUAUUCCAUACUUACGAGCAUAUACAAGUCAAGACAACCACUUUAGCUGAAGCUUCUACAUCGGUAUGCUUCAGCAUACACAAAGAAAAAGUCAAGAUCCUCAAAUACAACAGGAGGAACACCAAUCUAAAGCUCUGGAAGAGGUUACAACUUUCACACGCCUGGGAAGCAUAAUCUAUGAAAAAAGAGGUUAUGAUGCAGACGUAAAGGAAGGAAAUAGUAAAGCAAGUACAGCAUUCUUACAACAGAAAAUCAUAUGAAACUCAAAACGACUGUCAACCAAUAUAGAAGUCACAGUCUUCAAUACGAACAUCAAGACAAUUCUACUGUACGCAGCUGAAACGUAGAGAACUACAGCAACCGUGAGAUAAUUAGGAGUAGUUGAAUUAUAGUGGGAACUAGAAAUCCCAGAAAUAACGCAAUUUAGCUGAGAAGUACUAAAUGGGAACGAAUUAUGUAUCAAGCAGUCAUCACGUACAAAGGAAUCAUUGGUUCAUACAGACACCACAAACCGUCAUCAAAAAUAUGCAAGUAUUAGAAACCAAGAUCACAAGUUAGCGCUUGUCUCUUGAUGAAAUUUGAUUAUUUCCACAAUGAAUUUUCCAACCACUCACAACGACGUUUUGCAAUUUUUUCUUCAGCUGGAAGCUGGUUUGUUUUCUCCCACAGUAGGCUGCUGCUGAUGGUAUCCAGUUGACAAACAUUCAGAAUCUUACCUGGACUAUCGAUUAGCAAUAUUUGCAUAUUUUCGAUAACGGUUGUGGUACUUCUCUACGUUUCAGCUGAGUACUUUAGAACUGUCUUGAUUUUCGUAUUGAGGAUUGUGACUUUGAUAUUGGUUGACAGUUGUUUUGAGUUCUAUAUGUUUUUGAAGAAGCCGGAUAAUAUUUUACCUCUCUAACAUACUGUUCAAGUUGUAAGUUCAUGAAAGUGCAGCAUGGAAAAGGAUUGCAUUAUACUUGAGGUCAGUGUACGACAAAUACCCCAACUUUAAAUUGCAUAUUUAACUGGAAACUAUCUCCUUACUCUUAAUGCCUAACUCAAACCUUUUACCAUCAUAAGUGUGUAGUGACCUACUUUUUCCAAGUGAACGCGAUUGGUAUAAUGGAAACAACUAUUAUUAUUAUAACCAAUUGUUCCAGUUACUGUUUUACUGUACUUGUUUGUUUAACUGUACUAGAAACAUACAUUCUUCCGUUGACUGUGAACUUGCACGCUCUCGGUAACGCUCAGUAGUUCCACUUGUACUCUUUGUCACGAUUUCGGUGUUCUUUCGAUACCACGAGAUUGCCAACAAAUAUGCCUUAUAAAGACCGUCAAUUGUCUUCCGAUCUUUGGCCUGUGAAGGGAUCUAACACAGUAACUGGCACGUAGAUUCAGUGUAGUGGUGAUCAUAGUCAACCACAACUCGACACCACGCUACAACCCUAAAAGUGAUGUCAGUUAAUGAUGAAAUUCCUGUAGAUUGACAAUCUCAACUAAGAAUAAUGUCUCGAUACCCAAUAUGUAAGCUUGACUUUCUUCCUUUUCUACAAAUGAUAAGUUGGCACGUGAACGUCAAAACUGCUAUAACCCUAUUAUUUUACUUUAUUUUAUUGUUACUGUUCUGUAACCAUUCAGCGUUUCUAGACUGAUUGAUGAGCCACUACAGAUCUUCACUAUAUUAUACUUCAACCGAAAGAUUCUCAAAUGGAUUAUAUUUAUGGUGGGAAAGAUAGGGAUGAACUUGUUUCGCCUGUUAUUGAAUAGAAAGCUCAUCACUGAUGUGUAGUAGUGACAUAUAUAAGAUUUUUGAAAUGGCAAACAUCGUUAGAACUAUGAUGUAAUACAGACAUCUUCGAGUUGUAGAAGAAUGAUUCCAUCAUACGAGGAUGCCUUAUUACUUUAUUUAUAUUUAUGAUAAGCUCCAUAAUGUUGAGUACGUUUUUUGAGGUUUACAUAAUUUCGAGUGUCUUUGUUAUAU